AUGCCGCGUAUGCGAAACGAAGAAAGAGCACUUGCUAUUGGAAUGCUUAAAGCUGGAGUCUCGCGUUGUCAGGUUGCACGUGUGAUAGGACGUCAUGUAAGCACGAUAAGAAACCUUCGGAACAAAUUCGUCCGUACCGGAAAUGUAGCGGACGAGCACCGAAAACCUCGGCCGCGGGUAACUUCACAUAGGCAGGAUCGAUUCGUUGUGUUACAACUCCUGCGCAGUCGUUUUAAACAAGCAACAAUCACUGCGUCCACAACAGUUAACCGCUAUAUCUCGGCUCAGACUGUGAGAAAUCGUCUCCGAGAGCAAGGAAUCAGAGCAAGACAUAAUGCCAUGGUGGGUAAUGGUAGACAUGGACAUGUAUGGGCACAGGUGUGUUACUUACUUGUACGAAACAACGAUUGGGAAAGUGCAAGCGGAGCAUACCAUCUGUUUAAAAUCAAUUUAAGACCCAUUACACCACUGAAGCUCGAUUUAAAGCCAUUCUGCAGUAUAAAAGAUAUCCGAAGCAAUCCAUGGGUAGCCGAUAUCAUGCUUUAUCUUUCACACUGUGGAUCGAACAAAAGGAGUAUAUCAUUAGAAGAAGGUGACACGUAUCUUCAUGCUGCCGUUAAGAUAUCAUUGGUUGAAAAACAGAAAACACCUACAAACCAGGCACAAAACAGGAGUAACCUACAUAAGGCAAAAACAAUAAGCCAGAAUAUAAAAGCAAAACGAAACCAAGGAAGAGCACAUACAUGUGAAAAAUGUGAACGCAUUUAUUCAAAUGCUGUAGAAAAGUUAACAGCAAAUAUAACUGAUGGACUUAAGCUGCUUGUAGAGGUAUUAAAUAUGGAUCAUAGUAAUCAACAGCACAUCAUCAUUGAAAAGAAAGCUCUUGGGGAUUUUUCCAAACACAUAGGUGAAUUAAGCCUGGAAGAUGCAUCAAUCUGUCUCGAUUCUUUAAGAAAAGAGAAGUACUUCACAAUCAUUGAUGUUCUUGUCUGCGAUAAAAGAUGGCUACUGUUAGAAUUGACUAUACAAAAGAGCAAGAAGUUAUUCGCAGAAGGAGAGCUUAAGGAAUUUGCUUCAAAAUUUACCGUGGAACCUUUGGUCAGAGAUACGUCGCUGGAUUCAGAAGAAGAAAAGCAUCGUGUAGUCUUGAACUUACUAGAGAAUGGCUGGCGGAUAGCAGAUGACAAUGGUAAGAUGGUCGUGAAAAACGCUGUUGAAUUGAAAGAAUUCAAAGUAGCGAUUGAACUGAUUAAUAGAGGAGCAGAUAGUUCAAUGAUAUCUAUGUACAGUGGCGAUACACCCAUUCAUGCAGCAAUUUUGAUUGCUCUACAAGAAAAACAUGUCCCAUUUAUACAAGCUUUGUUAGAUAAGCAGGUAGGGGACAAAGAUAAAUAUACAUAUCUUGAUCCGGAACAGGUAGAUGCAAAUGGUGACGGUAUAUAUCAUCUUUUAGCCAAAGCAGACUUCAACGAUUUUGUUCUGCGACUAACUAAAAUGCUUUGCAGUAGAAUGGUUUCUGCAAAAUACUACAAUAAGGAACUCAAAUACCCAAAUGAUUAUGUGAAGGAAAGAGACUCCUCUCUUUUCAAACUUCUUGAAGAAGCAUCUAGGAUAAAGCCAUCGCACGAAAAGGUUGUUGACAAGAAAUUAAAAAAGGACGAAAAGAUCGUGUCGCCCAAAGAGAUUGAAGUUUCUCUGGAAAGUAAAUCUAAACAUCCACCAAAAAUGUUGACAGAACAAAUUGAAGAAACAAAGAAACGUAUUGAAACCUUAAUCAUAGCAUUACCAAAAUCUAUUAAAGCCACAUAUGUUGAAAGACAAAAUCUUGAGAUUGCGGAACGUGAUAAACAUAUAAAUAAUGAGAACUCCUCGUUCAGUGAAAUUCCAGCAGUAUUAAGUAUGGUUGAUAUCACAGAGAAUAAAGCAAAUACAGAUCACGAAAGUAAAGGAGAUAUAGAAAAUAAACGAACCAUGUUGCAAAAGGAAAGAAUUUUUCAAAAAGAAAUCGAACAAAACAUAUCGGAACAUGAAAUAAUUUUAACUGAAAAUGACUCUUUUAGUCGCACAGAAACACAGAAAAGAAGGGAGGGUGCAAGAUCAAAAACUUUAGAAGAUAUUGCAGACAGUGUUUCUUUCGCGCCAAAAGAUGUUGAAGAAUAUGACCAUGUUUCGGAAUCAGAACUUGCGCUUCUUGAAGACAAUGAUAUAUCUGAACUCCCUCCUCUUGAAUCAGAUGAAGGUAUUGUUGACAAGACCCCACAAAACAUGGAAUCAGAUGUUUCGGUGAUGGUUACCCGAAGACAAGUUAACAUCGAUGAGAACGAUCAUGAUAGUAUUGAUAUAAUUGAUGAAGAUGACGACCUGGAACUUGAAAAUAUGUUUGAAAGUCUUACAUGGGAAGUUGAAUACACAGAUAAAGUGCGAAAGACUCUAGAAAAUAAACACGUGUUGCCUGCGUUAAGGCGCAAAAUAAUACAGAUUAUUCGAAGGUUGGCAAAUGGUGAUUGGCAAAAUAACUAUUGCAGGGAACUCACAAAUGUACCAAAAUGUCUCAAACUGUUUGAAGCAAAUUUAAGCAAAGGUAGGAGAAUAAUAUGGGAAAGGGCAAUAAGUUUCUCAUCAAGAUGCAGUGACAUUGCAGAUCAGCGAUUAAAUCUCUCUACCGAUGAUGCUUUACCACAAGUCAACGGUGGCAAGAUUUACACAGAAGUUAUUAGAAUAUGGGAUAUUGUUAUGGAUCAUAACAAAAUUAAUAGAUCUGUUGACAAAAUUAAACAUUCACGUCAACGUGGUGAGACUUGUGUCAUACAAAGAAAACUAAAGGGUCUGAAAAAGGAAAACGAUCAAAGACGAAAAGCAAACGACAUUGAACACCCUUUACUGUUUACUGAACAUGAUACCCGAGAUGAUCUCGAAUGGCCAGUACAGGUGCAACACUCACCUUCCGCCAGUCCUAAUAAAACAGAGUAUAAUAUCGUAAAAUUCUACACCUGGGAUAGAGCUAUUGAAAGACAUAUCCUGCAGAAUAGUAGCAUUAGCGUGGAGUUUCCUUUUAAGGUUACUGAAAAAGAAGAUGCUAUUAUCCAUCUGAGUGGAAAGGGGCCAAUUUUAUUACUUGGUCGCAGCGGAACAGGCAAGACAACUUGCUGUUUAUAUCGACUUUGGAAUCAGUACAAUAAAGCGUUCCAUGCACGACUGAUCUUACGUUCUGAAAAGACACAAGAGAAUAGUCUCCUCGAUGCUGAAAACGAUGAAUCCAACGAUAAUCGACGUGAGCAAACAAAUGAAAUUGAGAAAGAAGGUGAUGUAAAGACGUGUAAACGGGACACAAAUAUGUGUGGAAGUUUUCAUCAGUUGUUCGUGACAAAGAAUCAUGUCCUUGCUGCUGAAGUGAAAAAAACAUUUUGUGGUUUUUUAAACGCCGACGAAUCAAUAUCGAGAGGUCAUACUGAGCGACAUAACCAAGUGUUACCAAAUCGCCUUCAAGACUUGCAGGAACAUGCAUUCCCUUUAUUCCUUACUUCAAGGCAAUUACUUUGUAAACUGGAUGCCUCUUUAGGUGAUUCAUUCUUCAGCAGAGAAGAGGAUGGAUCUUUAAAGUACCCCGUAGAUGGUUGGGCGGAUACGGAAGAAGAAUUUGACGAGCUCAAUAUUUUGGAUUACGAUUCCGCUGAUGAAGAUUUUGAUGACAUAGUUGCUGACCAACAUGAUGAGGAUACAAGUGUCAACAUAAAAAGAAAGAAUCCUUCUGACGCUAGAAAAGAGGUUACUUAUGAGGUCUUUGAAAAUGAGAUAUGGCCCAAGUUGGAAAGUAAAACAAAUGCAGUGUAUCAUCCUUCCUUAAUUUGGACCGAAAUUAUGUCAUUCAUCAAGGGAUCUUAUGAAUCACUUUUCAAAACAAACGGUUAUCUAUCAAAAGACGAAUAUGAAGAAUUAGGCAGGAAAAGAGCUCCCAAUUUUUCGGGAAAGAGGCAAGAAGUCUACCAUAUUUUCAAGUUGUAUGAACAUGUGAAGAGGCAACAUGGCAUGUUUGAUGAAACAGACGUUGUUCGCAGUGUAUUUCAACGACUCACACAAUCGGAAACAAGUCCAGUUGCAAUACAUCAAAUUUAUGUGGAUGAGACUCAAGACUUCACUCAGGCAGAACUAUUUCUCCUCAUUAGGCUUUGUCAGAAUCCAAAUAAUAUGUUCCUAACAGGCGAUACUGCUCAGGGUAUAAUGCGUGGAAUUUCUUUCCGUUUUGAAGAUCUCAAACUUCUCUUCUAUCAUGUUAAUCAAGAAAUUAAGGAAGCAAGCUCAAAGAAUAAAACGUCAAAGUAUUUAACGGUCGAUGUGCCGAAGAAGGUACAUAAACUUAUAUACAACUACCGAUCACAUUCUGGUAUUGUGUCAUUGGCUUCAAGCAUCAUGGACAUCUUGGGGCAUUUUUUCAAAGAGUCAUUUGACAUUAUGGACCCAGACAAAGGACUCCUGCCUGGUCCAGAGCCCAUUUUGCUUGAAUCAUGCAGUCUUAGUGAUCUUGCUGUGCUGUUAAGAGGAAACAAGAGGAAAACGCCAACUAUAGAGUUUGGUGCUCACCAAGUUAUCUUGGUAUAUGACGAGGAGGCCAGAGACAGCCUUCCAGAAGAGCUGAGUUGUGGACUUGUCCUUACCAUAUUUGAAUCAAAAGGACUCGAAUUCGACGAUGUUUUGCUGUACAAUUUCUUUAAAGACUCCCAGGCUUCUAAAGAAUGGCGGGUGGUGACAAAGCACUUGGAAAAGUUGGCAUCAGAGGCUACAAAUAAGUCAUUGCAACAAAACGAAACAUGUGUUAUGAUUGAUCAAGAUGUUCUGUCAUCGAAAGAUAGACCUAGACCCUUAGAAUUUGAUCCCAACCAACACAAGAUACUGAAUUAUGAACUGAAGCAAUUGUAUACGGCCUUGACACGGGCACGAGUGAAUGUUUGGAUUUUCGACGAAGAUAAAGAGAAAAGAAGUCCAAUGUUCGAAUAUUUCAAAGCCCGGAAGCUUGUGAAGUCUGUUGAAAUAACAGAAUUAAACGAAGAAAAUUUGUCCAAUACAAUAUUUGUGGAAAAAUCGAGCAUGCAAGAUUGGAUACAAAGGGGAGAUUAUUUUUUGAAAAAGCGAUUGUAUUCUGUUGCCACGAAAUGUUUCCGCAAAGGCGGUGAUCAUAAAAAGGAAAUGCUUGCACAGGCAAAUGACAGAGCCUUGGUGGCUUCAAGAAGAAGAUAUAAGGUUAAAGAAUUCAGAGAAAUGAAAGCUGAUUUCUUAUUUGCCGCCGAAAUGUAUUUGAAAUGUGAACACCUGUCGGAAGCCGCCAAAUGCCUUGGUAAUGCUAAAGAAGUGAAGUUAGCUACAGAUCUUUACGAAAAGCUUGGACAGUAUGACAAGGCUGUUGAGCUGUGCAAGAGAAACAGACAGUUUGUAGAAUGUAGCAGUUUCUAUGAACGUUCGGGAAAAUUCAGUAAAGCCGUUUCCAUCUUGUAUGAAAAUGAACGAUACGGCCUCGCCCUUGACGUAGUAAACCGAUACAAAAUGAAAGAAAUGGAAAUAAUGAAGAACGGCAAUCGAUCACCUGAGGAGCUUAGAGCCAACAGACCUGACGCCAUAUAUACAGAAGAAAAAAUAUGUCAGAGGGCAGCGGAAGAAUUCCAUAGACGCGGUAAUACCAAGCGCAUGCAUGAGGCUGUCAGUAGAUUUCGAUAUGAGGGUGACAAGAUAGAGUUUUACAAAAGAAAUAGAUAUAUAUCUGACGCUGCAAACAAGUUAGCUAGUACAGGUCGAAUACCGGAGGCUGUAGACCUGUACCUAAAGUAUGGCAACUUAACAGAUGCAAGAGACAUGGCAGAAACGUCGAAAGAUGACAAACAGAUUGCAAAAUGUUUACUUGUAAUAUCUAGAAUUACUAUAGCAGACAAGCCGCAAAAUUAUGACGAAGUAAAGAAAGAUUUAGAAAAAGCUCUAUCAAUAUUUAAGACAUGCGGGGACAGAGACUUAUCCGGACAAGUGAUGCUUUUGCAAGCCAAACUGUAUAACGAUGUUAGAUACGUAAUGUCUGCAGGGAAAGAGUUUAGUGAAUCCCGUCGAUAUAUUAAUGAAGCAGGGUAUGUAGAAUGCUGCAAUGUGCUUAAAGACUUCAUUGGUAACUUCAUUGAUAAAGAUUAUCGAGCGCGUAUAAAAUUUCUACUUAAAGGCGCUGAUUGUUUGUUUAAAAUGUGCAGCAAUUUGCUCUUGAAAAGAAAGUCUUCAUAUAUAGAUGCUAAUGUGGAGGCCCAUUUCCAGGCAUAUUGGGAAUUUUAUGGAAUAGUUCAGCAACUGCAUGGUAGGCUGGUGACUUUUCCGAGAACGAAACCGCUAUGUUCAAAAAUGUUGCAAGAUGUUUCCAAGUCGAACAAUAUUGAGUUUCCAGGCUUAGAAAAUGAUCGAAAUAUUCAUAUGAUUGUACACUAUUUGUUGAAAGAAAGUAAACCAUGGUUAACCUUGGUAAAGGUUACAUUAUUAGAACAAAGAGACACAUUACAAAGAUGUAGAUCGUUUCAAUUAGGACGAGAAUGUACUAAUAAUGACUGCAGAAUGAUACACGCAGCACACAAACCUUACACCUAUAAGGAUUUGAUUGAAACUGAUUUGCUUUUAGCCGAAUAUGAAACAUACACCAAUGAAGCAGACGGCAUUUUGAGAAAAUAUAGGAGUUCGUAUAGCCCAACUAUCAAGGCUGUAUUAGGUUUCAUAAAAUCUGCAAAAAUUAAUGAAAAUGACAAAUACAGGUCAUGUCAUUUCAUAUUGAAAGAUUUGCUUCAAGAGACUGGGCAUCCUUUGAUUCUUGCCGAGGAUAGCAGUCAAUUCUUAAAACCAAUUCGUACAAAUAAACUUGUACUUAAACAUAUCAAGCAUUACUUGCUCAACAGGUGGCACGACAGUAUAUCUGGUGGGAAGAAAAUUAAAAGUAAAGCUGUAUAUGAAACGGAAGUAUUCCUUUUGUUUGAGUUUUCUUACCAUCUUUUUCAUUACUAUACCUGGAAAUUUGGCUUCAAAAGAACACCAAAGCAAGAAAUGCUUAAUUUCGAAAAUACUCUUAACAGUGAACUACUGAAAGACGGAAACUCAAUGGCAAUUGAAGAACAUGAGCAAAACUACACUGUAAUGAUAACUUUACCAGACAAAAAUUCACAAAACAAAUCGCCAUUUAUAACUUGUGUAGCACAUUGGUUUACAGAUGCCUACGAACAUUUGACAAGUGGUGACCCCUUUCAGGCUGUUUUGUCCUUUGGAAAAUUUCAAACUCUGUUAAGUCAGCGUAAACUGCAAGAUAGAUCAAAAGCUGGUCUCUAUCCAGAUGUUCACCAUUAUUUGCUAUGGCUUGAAUUUUACACUAGCCUUGCAUUCUUCCUCAUCGCCAGUAUGAAGUCGCAGGUAAAUAGAGAGUGUACCUUCAUUCUCCCAAACAAUUACCUAGCAUUGAUGCAUUUCAUCGAGUCUACGUUUCCAAAAGGCUUGAUGCCUAUCAAAGAAGCUAUAUCAGGAUGGGCAGCAAACAAUAAGAAACCAUUACCUGAAAUUGAUAUAUUUGACAGGGUGAAAGGCUUUGCAUUUGUCAUUUCUGGCCAAGCGCAAAAAAUGAAGCUCCUGAAAAUAAUUCUAAAGAAAUGCCAAGAGAACGACAGCAAUUAUGUACUACUGGAGAGAUUCCUUAUACUUAACAUGACAAUGUUAUGCAAUAUAGGGAAUAGCGUACCAGUUGUGUGUGAGGAAGGUCUCGUACAUUCUGCACACCAAAUAUUAUCUAUGUCUGGCAAAUCAAAACGACUGAUGACUAUUCUUGAAGAGGAAGAACAGUUCAAAGGAAUAAAACAUAUUGCUGAUUGUCCAGAAAAGUUUUUAAGAAGUCGAAGUUUCGGCGAAAAGCUAUUGGCUAUACAAUGGACUCCACAGCAACAAGGAAGAUAUACUGUAUUACCAUUAGACGCUACGUCACUGCCAUCAACAUUUUUAAAAGAAAAGUCCGUUGAACCCGAUGUCGAAAUGCAAGAUUUUGUUGAAGAAUGUUUGCAGGAUGAUGAACUAACUGAAGAAGAGACCAAAAAUACUGAAACUGAACGAUAUGAGAUACAUAUAUCCGAGGCUGAAACCCAAGAACAGUCUGCUACAAACAUUGAUAUAGUGUCAUCUAACUAUACCCUUCUCGAUACAUACGAAAAUGAAAACAAGGAAAACUAUGCUUCAAGCAUUCAAGUAACAUCUAAUGAUAUCUUUCUCGACUCUGUAUGGAUAAAUGAACAAGGCUGUUAUGUUUGUGGAGUUAGUUUUGAAAGUAGCUGUUCAAGUAAGGAAGAAAAUGAAAAUUCAGCUGAAACUAAAGGGAGCCACGCGAUGAAUAAACUGGAAGAUUUUGUUCAUACAGAAAAACAUACGCAACGACAAGACAGUCAAAUUGACAACGAUACUUAUACAGAAAUGUUAGUAAAAGCAAAAAUGGAACACGAAAACGAUCCGCUUCAUUUUGAAAACAUUGUGGUCUUCAAACGCUUUAAAAACAUGUAUGAAAUUCGUUUAAAACCACUUAUCAAUCUGGUUCGUGAUUUUCUUGAAAAUAAGGACUACAACUUGUCUGAUGAAACAUACAUUUCAAAACACUUUGAAAAAUACAAAGAAGAAAUACAAAGAAUGAAAAUAAACCAUGACAGACUAGAAACAGAGUAUAGAGAAAUUUGUCGAGAAAGAAAGUGGUCUGCUAAGCAGGAAUGUCUUGAUCAGAUAGCAGAAGAACUGCAAAGCGACAUGGGCUUGAUCAAGCCUUACGUUGAAGAACAAACAUUAUUGAAACAUGAUAAGCAAGGUGCGGUUCAAACAAAAGAAAAUGCAGCUUUUGGAGAGGAAAAAGAUGUUGAUGAGAAUGAUUUUGAGUGCGUUGUCCCCGAACCAGUAACACGAACAAAAAAGUACAAAACAAAAAAGGAAAGACGUGAUAUCAAAAAACAACGUGGAAAAAAAAGAUGAAUAUGAAAACUUCGAGCGUUAAUUGUAAUGAAACGUUUUGUUGCUAACAUAUAUUUGUUUCAAUUACUCAAAGUGAGAAAUAAUACCUUAUGACAAUAGGUCGAACGAAAUGAAAAUGGAUCAUCCGUAGUAUAGAAACAACAUUUUAAGGAUUUAUAGUUCGCAAAAAAUGUUUUGUAAAGGACCAUACAUUCUAAAGUAACAAACAUUUAUGCAUAUUUAAUCAUGUCGCUUGUAAAAAUGCUUAUGAUGUAUAUAUUAAAUUUGUGGCUAGUUUUUGAGAAAACUGUGGUUUUAUAUCACAUAUGCACGAGUGUAAACGGCCCUAUUGCACAAUUGACAGGUCCGAUACUGUGCUAACUGCGUUCUUCUUCAUGUAUGUUUUGCGUCUGUUUGUUAUUUCUGUGUUUUCAUUAUUCCAUUGAAAUUUUAUUUGUGUAUAUGUAUGCUCAUCUAGGAGCUUGUAUAUAAAACUGUACAACAUGCGAAGUGAUGUAUAGAUGACAGCGUUCUUUGAGUAUUUUUCUCUUGGACCUUUAAAACUGUUGCCUACUAUACUGACAAAAAUUACACGCAAAAGUCGUUAUUUUAGAUUUUUAUGUAUGAAAAAAUGUGAUACAUGUAUCUAGAAUUUUUUUACAUUUUAAUAUCAAGGAGUGUGUAUGUUUUUUUGGGGUAUUUAUAUACAUUCAAUAGAAAGUCCAACUGUUUUAGAUUAAUCUCUUAAGUGAUAUAUUUUACUAAACCACUGAAAAUCAAAGAGAUAAAAAUCUUUGAUGUGACUUGUCUGUCAAGAGUACUCAUUCCUUUAAUAAAACUUGUACUUUAUGUUUGCACACUCUUGUAUCUUAAUAUAACAAAAGUAACUGAAAAACAGUUGAAAACGGCAUAAAAUCCAAAACAACAACAACAACAACAAACAAACAAAACUAACAGUAAUUUGACGGAAGAAUCGUUAGAUAUAAAGUGUCAAUAUCAAAUUUUUUAAGAUAUACAAUGCAAGAAAUGUUCAAAUUGGCUGUGACAUCUUUAAUUUAAAAUAACACCAUUUUUGAGAUGACCGGUUUAAACUUUGCGAUCAGUUUCUAAGCUUUUCAUGUUACAGUGUGUCAGAACUUUGUGUACAUUGCACUUUGAAAUAUGUAAAUAAUUCCUUUCAGAAUUCUUUAUAAAAAGCAAUUAUCGAGAUAGACAGAGUUAAUUGUUCAAUAACUUAGGUUAUAUAAGUUUCAUUAUAGCUUUUGAUAAAGAUAUAUCUUUUAACUUCUUCACUUUCCAUGCAAUUCAUUCUACGUGCGCUAUCGACAGUAAAAUUUUGUUCAAAUUUCUACAAAACAAUCAGUCGUGCAAAUUAACGCGUCUGCUACAUUAUAACUAACUAAUCUAUUUAAACUAGGCGGGUGUGGGGGGGGGGGGGGGGGGUCACUGACUUCAAAUCAUUUGCCCCUCACAGCAGUAGGUUCAUAAACUGGUUUAGGUCGUAGAAUCCUUUCAUAUGAGGAAGCCAUCUUGCUUACUUGUGGACGUUCGGUGGUUCUACCAAGGCCCCGCCUGAAAUGAUGCUAGGACGAGCACCUGGGGUCUUUCUCCAAUACGUGAAACAGGAAAGUAAUAUGAUCCGUGUCGGUUAAAUUUGUAAUCGAAUUUUGAGAUCUAAUGAAAGCAUGAAGGCCGUAUCCAAUUAAACUGAGAUAUACAAAGUUAUAGUAUUAUAAAGUAGAAAAUACAAACAUAUAUGUAUGAUGUAUUUACAUAAAACUGGGUGGCUUGUUUUAAUGAUUCAUCAAGAGCAACACGUUAUUCUUUGUUUUCAAGAUUCCAGCUUCAACCCUAUUCACAAUUAGUUUAAAAAGCACUUUGUAGACCGAGUCUCAUCUAACAGACUAGAAAUUGAAACAGACAGGUGGUAUAGACUUGUCCCAAGUCCUUACACUGAAAGAAAAUGUCAUUUAGCAUUGUAAUACAUUAGAGGAUAACUUUUAUUUUGUAUAAGACUAUGUGCUUUAUAAUGAUUCGAUAAAAACGUAUAUAACGAAAUAUUACUGGUCAAGAUCAAAUAGACCACGAUUAAUUGAAUUAAUGACUUUCAACAAUGUUUAUAUUAACAAGAACUAAGCGAUGUAUGUACAUAAAACAUUUGACGUUAGAAAUCAACAUUGUUGUUAUUUAAUUUAUCAUAAAUCUCAAAUAUAAUACGAUACAUGUAUACCACUUUAAGGCUGGUCAUUUUAACUUUUUGGGGUUGAACUAAUUCCAAUAUAAACGUUUUCGUGAGGAAUAAACAGUACGGAAAAAAAUUGAAACACCAAAAAAAAUCCCUCAAAAAUAUUAUGGAAUCUUUCUGAGAUAUUGCAUACUAAACGUAGCCUACCGGUGCUUGAUAAAAAAUCUAAAAGCAUUAUUCUUCCUUGAUAUCAAAGCAAACAUUUAUGAUAUAGUAGUAUGCCAAUAGUCGAACACAACAGCAUACAUAUUUCUAAACAAACUCGUCGGCAUUGGAGUUAGAAAAUCAAACGUCGAUAACAAGAAUUAACAUUCAUAGGGGAUUCGUAAAACAAAAAUGUAUUCACAAUGUUACUUUAGACGGGAGCGGUACUUGAUUAGAUCAAUACUUGCUCGAAAUUCAUACACAGAUACAGGUAUUAUUUGUAAACUGUUUCUUUAACUGCUUUUAUGUGAUCCAUGCAUGUGAAAAGAAAUAGAGAACAACAGGUUACUAUCUUUUGGGAAAGGGUUUCUCAGACGAGGUUAGAUAUGGUCCUGGAAGGAGCGAGCCUAAGAAAUCCCUUUCUCAAAAGACAGUUACCUGUUAUUCUAUUUAUCAUGCCAUUAUUAAUUAACACAUUUUAUCCUACCGUCAUGCGAAAUAAAGGACAAAACAUAGGGGUAGAAUAAAGUUUGCUGUUUUGCCGGACUUCUUUUUCUUUCAUUUUUUUUUUCAAAAUGGCGCCAUUUUGUUUUUGAGAAUAACUGCUAAACACAUAUUUAUGCAAUUAUUUUUAUAAACGUGCCCUUAUUGGGUACAUUAGACCAUGAAAAUAAUUAUGGCGUAUGCCUACCAUAUUUGCAAUCACCACAGAAAGUUUUUAUAACGGGAACGCUCGUAGAAAACGGAAAAUGACUCAUGUAUAGCGUUUGUUCAGGUUUUUAACUCUGUGCACUUACAUCAAGGAAUAUUGAUUCUGGAAUUGAAUGUUAUUGAAUAAAAUUAUCUAAGAAACGGUUAUAUCUAUUUUUUUCUGCCAAGCAGCUUUAUAGUGUGUGUAUUUAAAUCACGUCUAACGUUUGCAUGGUGAGAAUGGGUGUCAAUCUUGCAACUGAACUUGGAUAAAAAUUCACUUUGCAGCAAAUUGAAAUUAUUCAUUCAUGUUCAGCAGAACAGCUUUUGUUUUUCCGCUUUUAUUUUAUAACCGGUGGGAUUUUAAAGACCUAUUUCAGUGCAGUAUGAGGGCGUAUUAAUUUUUAAAGGCAAGACAGACACAAUCUGAUGUCCUUGGACUUUACCAUAGGUUUACACAGUGUAAAGUGUUUUCAAGUCACUGACCAUAGAAAGGCUGCUUUUCUCAGACAGGCUUUAUCAGACAGUUGUUAUAGUAACGGCAUGAUAAAUGAUACUUAAAGGUCGUUUGAUUGAAUUUCUUUAAAUAUGUCUGCAAUACAUUGCGUAAUCAAAAUCUAAAAAAAAUGUACCUAAUUUUCAUAGUUUGGAUUAAUUUCAUUUUAGGAAUUUUUACCUGUAUUGCAUAAGUAACUAGAGAUUAUAAAUCUCUAGACUGUUAAUUCCUACCAUAAACCUACUUUGACUUUUCAAGAGGGUUUAAGUUCAAGCCCCACUAGGACUAAACUUUUUUCUUUACAUUUCAUUUUUCUUGUAAGUUAAAGGUGAUUUUUUCAAAACUUAUCAUUGAUUUAUCUUACAAAAGGUGAAGUUGUUUACUUGAUAAGCCAUAUCUUGCUGUUUAAAGUGAAAUUAUCUCCGGUAUAGAAGUGCACAGGCUUAGACAUCUUUAAAAUUACUGUGUUACAUGCGGUAAAAUGUAUUUAUUUUGCCUUUACUCUUUAGUUUACAUAUUGUGGAAGAAAUGUAAGUAGGUUUAACUUUUGCCCCAUGGUUACUUUUGGAUGUAAAAAGCAAAUUUUAAAAUAGUUUCACAGGACUCGGCCAUAAUUUUUCAGUAUUGGAGCCCACUUUCUGUCCGAUUAAAUCCUUAAAUCCUUCUUGAAGCUCCCUAGAAAAAAAUGUUAUCGACAGUUUUAUUUUGUAUUUAAUAAUUGUCUUGCAACACUUUGAGGUUUCUUUUAUCAAAGUUAUUGGUAUGAUAAAUUCUCUGUAAUCGUCGUACACUUUAAUUUAGUUAUCACUUUGAAAAUUGUCUCUGUUUGAGCGUGAAGAGAUAUCAUUAUUUUACAAUGUUUUAAAAAAAAUGGCACGAUGAAAGUUGUUUAAAAAUUGCAACACAGUGCGGAAAAAAAAUGUUAAAUUUAAGACGGUAUGGUAAAAUGUAUGUGGAAAAAAAUUGAGUAAAUUAAUGGUUUUAUUGUUUUAUAUACUAAAAUGGAAAUUUAUUAUGCAUACUUGCUUAUCCUUAAUGUUUGUAAUUUCUAAUUCAUUAAUUAUUCAUCAAUUAAUUAAUUACUUUAUACAAACUUGUACAAUUAUAAACUUUAUAAUCUCCUUCAUCCUAAGUGUAAGAAAAAAUAACUCUAGUGCACCACGUUUAUUUUGCCUGCAAACUUCCAAACUUCUGAAUUCCGGAAACUUCCGAACUUUUGAAUUCUGGAAACUUCCAAAUACCGAACUUUUAGGCUGGUCCGGAUAUCGUUCAGUUUUUGUUUGUUAAACUGCACUGAUAUUUGAAAUGUGUUCUAGAAACUGAUGCUUGGUAUUUGUAACUUUAUUUUGUUUAUAUAUAUAUUUAUAUUUGCAUGUAUGCUCAAGGGUCUAUGUUCUUAUGUAUUAAUCAAUAAACCCAGAUUGGCAUCUGUCGUUAGUCAUUAAAUGUAAAGCACUUGACCAUAACAUCAAUCCUCUCUAAUACCACUUUCUGACAAAAAUUACAAUAUCUCUUACCUCUGUCUUUAUCAUUGAGAUGAGCCUAGAGAGAAAAUGGUUUUCUGAGAAAAUAUCAGUGUCAAUUUGAAGAAAGAAAUUAUUAUUAUUACAGAUUAUUUGAUCUCAACAUACUUUGUAAGUCUAUAUUAAACCUUAAACUCUA